AUGUCCCGCAAGCACUUCCUCAUCGGCGCGUCCUGCCUUGGCGUGGCCCUCUUCCUCUCGCUGAUCGGGUCCAUCUCCCUCCCGCACCUGACGGCGCUGGACUACGUGCGUGCCAAGUUCGCGACCCCGAUAUUGAGCGGGCAGGAUACGCUCAGCGAAAUCCGGCUGGGCAUUUGGGGGCCCUGCUUCUACGACGAGCAUGACCACCGGCUAUGCUUCAACGUCGGACACGGAUACCCUGUUCCGCUCCUCACCACGACUGGGCAGAUUGAAAUCAUCAGCGGCUCUUGGACAAGGGGGCUCGCGGUCCAUCCCGUCGCAACGGGCGUCAUUGCCAUCGCAUUCGGCUUUGCGUUCGCCAAGUUCGAGUCGGCCCCGCUCAUCUCCGUCCUCACCAGCGUGCUCUCAGCGCUCAUCCUUCUCAUCGCGUUCGCCAUCGACAUCGCGCUCUACGCAGAGAUGCACCACAAGGUCGGCGAGCUGCACGGCGUGAAGGGCAACGUCGACUUCGGGACCGCGUUCUGGUUCACGCUCGUCGAGCUCAUCCUCGUGCUCGUCGCCGCGGUGAUGGUCUUCAUGGGCCGCAGGGCCGGGGACAGCUCCGAGUCGUACCCGAUGUUCAGCAGCCCCAGUGGCGGGUUCUUCUCGCGGUUCAAGAAGUAG